CUGCCCUGACUAGAGCAGCCUGCUGUGCCGCAGGAACCCGGGGCUGUCAGUGCUGGUCCUGCGGCUCGCCCCUACCCCGCGCGCCUCUCGCACUAUGGCGGUCCCGCGGCAGAUGCGAGCUCUGCUCCAUGCGGUCAACGCACUGUUGCGCAAGCGCCGCUACCACGCUGCGUUGGCCAUGCUUAAGGGCUUCCGGAACGGGGCAGUCUACGGAGCCAAAAUCCGGGGCCCUCACGCGCUGGUCAUGACCUUUCUCUUCCGGAGUGGCAGCCUCCAGGAGAAGCUGCGAGCCAUUCUGCAAGCCACGUACACCCACUCCCGGAGCCUGGCCUGCUUUGUGUUCACCUAUAAGGGCCUCUGCGCCCUGCAGGCCCGCGUGCAGGGCGAGACCUACCAGGUGCACUCGUUCCUGGCCGCCUUCAUCGGGGGCUUGAUGGUGUUUGGAGGUAACAAUAACAUCAACAGCCAGAUCAACAUGUACCUGCUCUCACGAGCCCUGUUUGCCCUGUGCCGCCUGGGCGUGGAGAAGGGCUACAUUCCUGAGCCCAGGUGGGACCCAUUCCCGCUGUUCACCGGGCUGCUGUGGGGGCUGGUGCUGUGGCUCUUUGAGUACCACCAGACCACUCUACAGCCUUCCCUGCAGUCCUCCAUGACCUACCUAUACCAGGACAGCAAUGUCUGGCAUGACAUCUCAGACUUCCUCCUCUACAACAAGAGCCACCCCUCGAAGUAAUGGGGCCCCCGAGGUGCUGAUGGGGGCGUCCACAGCUGAGAUCAGCUCCAUCGGCGAAUCCCCCUAAAGGAUCCUGCCUUCUCAAGAUCAUGGUUCUCUGACUCUAACUUGUAUUGUCCCAGGGUUCCAUUUGCUGAAGCAAAAGCACUGAUUUCCAAGUCCCGUUAAGUCCUCUCCAUUGGUGGAACGAGUGGUGAAUUGGGCUCCAGGGCCUCAGUCAUGAUUCCAGCUGUGCUGCUGGCUAAUGAGAGACCAGGGAACACCCUCCCCCUCCACCCCCGCUCUGGGCAUCAGGGGUCAGCGAGCCCAGAGGAGGGCCCUGAAGUCUCUUCCUGAUGUGGACACAGGAUCAGAGCAGGGAAGUCACUUGCCCAAGAUAAUCAAGAUAAUACAACCAGUAUGAUAGCCAAAUCAGCGUUUGAACCCAGAGCUGUCUGAACUCAAUACCCGUGUUGUUGUUGUUGUUGUUUUUCAGUGCCUUAUGUUAAAUUUAGAAACCUAAGCUAUGCUAGGCAAAUAUUAACUAGUUCUAGGAUGGAGUCCAGAACAUCGUGCAAACUCAAAUGCCCAGAGGGGUCUGGCAAGGGGUAUAAGUGAAAACGUUGUGCACUUGGGAGUGAUGGUAGCCUGGGGAACCAGAGACUUAUGUGCCCGUCCGAUUUUUUAAAAUCACUGGUGCUGGACAAAUCAAACCAGGUCUCCAGGAAGAUGUGGUCCAUGAGCUUCCAAUGUGAGACCCUUGGUCUAGUAGGAAUACUCCAGUCUCUUUUUAGAAAUUACUAGUAGAAAUGUGCACAUGAGUCACUGGUGAUCUUAUUAAAAUGCAGAUUCUGACUCAGUGAGUUUGGGGUGGGGCCAGAGAGUCUGCCUUUCUCACAGGCUUCCAGGUGCUGCUGUUGGUGCUGCUGGAUGGAGCCGAACCUCGAGUAACAACCUCGAGUAGUAGGGACGGAACCGAACCUCGAGUAGUAGGGAAUCAUGCGCAGCCAGCCCAAAGGAGGAAGCCGAGUCAAAGAGCUGUUAAGUAAAGGUGGUGGGAUUAGGCCUGCUUCUGACAGCAGUGCUCUCAGUCCUGACGUACUACACACUUGGAGAAGGUGAUCUGAGAAGGUCCCGCAUUCCCUGUGUGGAGGCUGAAUGAGAUCCUGAGGUCAGGAGAGGAAGGGGGAGGCCAUCAGCAAGCAGAUGCUGGGGGGUCCCGCCCAGUCCCCUCCAACUUCGCACUUGACCGCACACCAGCCAACUCUUCCAACUGCCACCGCUGUGUCUUUCUGUCUGAGGCUCUCAUUUGCCACUGGCACCUGCUCUGCCACCCACAGCAGGUCUGGAGGAUUAACAGGGUCGAUCACUCUCCAAGGUGGACACUCCACAGUGGCUCCCAGAGAUCCCUGGCCGGACGGAACUCUGGCUGCCCACAAUGAUCACUUGCUUGAUAACUGCCCGCACCCCCGCCUUUCCCCGUCUUCUCCAUCCCUAACGUAGGAUCACUUCCCAGAGGAACCACUUGCACUGAAAUCCUUGUCUCGGGCUCUGCUGUUGAGGAAACCGAAACUAAAGCUGGCCUCUGGUGCAGCAAGCUGAAAGCUAGUGGAGGUUUGGACAGAGAAUUCGGAGGAAGAGUGCCGGGGCUUGGCCCUGUUUGCUUGGGCAAGGGACUUCACUGUUCUGUACCUCUGUUUCUUCAUCUGUAAGAGAGGCGUGCUAAUUUCAGUCGCCUCACAGCACGAUCUGGAGGAUUAAACAACAUGAUGAGUCUAAA